CUGGCCUGCUUACAUCAAACUUCAGGAACUGGUUCGGUUUCGAGAUUGCUGGCAGAAAGGAGUGAUCUGCAUGGCCAAAAUACACAGUCCCCUGCUGCAGCUGAGUGCUAGCUCCCUGGGCUACACCGCAUACGGAUAUUUACAUUUAUGUUUAUUGUCAAAGUCCACAUCCAUGAAAAUAACUCCUGUUGGCAAUUAAGUUUAAAAGACGAAGAAAAAAAAGAAUCAAGAACACAGACUACUGAAACAUUUUGGAGUUCACCGUUUUAAAAGGAAACUAAAUGUAGAAUCUUCCUCGGGGACACCUAAGCCAUCGUUUCUCUCCUGAUGUCAGAGGGAUCUGUGAGGAUAUCAACUGUCUGGAUCCCAACAAACUCAAAAUGGACUCCUGUUCCACAAGAUUGUUACUUAGCUACUCUCUCUCACCUUCUGAAGAGGCAAAACCCUUACCCUUUGAGGAUCCUCUGCAUUUAUAACUCCAAGGAUUAUGCCAUCUGAAUACAUGGGCACGCUCAAUACUUAACUAACUCCUUAUUUCUACCUACCCAUCUCUCAGGGACACUAUCCUAUAUGGGCACUGCUCUUACAAGGUCAGAUUACUCAAGUCACCAUGGAGGAUCAGCAUCUAUACAAGACACAUCUUGUUUCCAACAGUAAUGAUAGUUUUUACUAUCAACAAAUGCAGCAUCAGGCAGACGGCCAGGUGCUCAACCACAGUUAUGACUCAUUGGAUAAGAACGCCUCGGAGUCAUCCUCUUCCUCACCCCAUUUAUCCCAAGAUUCCAGAGAUGGUGCAUUAAUUUCAGGAACUAAACAUAUUGGACAGGUUGAUUUGUCCAGGAAAUCUCAUUGGACAAGCCUGGGGUCUGGUAGUCACAUUCAGGAGAACAGUCAGUUAAAUUGCUUCGACCAAAGCUUACAGUGGAGUGCACAAGUACAAAAUGACGUAACAGAUGGCAACCAGGUGUCUUACUAUCCUGCACAUGACAAUCAGCCUAAAGUGACCAGCAGGGCUUUGCAUAAGUUAGAUUCUUUCACACAGGUAUUUGCCAGGCAGAACUUAAGAAUCCAUGCCAUGUCUCAGGGUGUACCGGAACCGUCGUCACUUAUUGACAGCGACAGUACUCUCCGGCAGCUGCUGUCACUCAAGCCAAUCUCUGAGCAGCAAGCUCCACCAAUCGCUUUGGACAGAUAUCCUCAGGUGUCACAGCAAAUGUAUUCAGGACUAGCAAGUCAACAGCAGAAGCAUCAGCUGCAGCCCAUGCAACCGUCACAGUCGCAUAUUUAUUAUGAGUAUUUUCAGCACUCUGCUCAGGUUCAGCCGCAGUCUUUAAUGCAACAAGGUCACCAGUUUGUCCAGCAAGUGCAGUCUCACCAGGCACUACCGCAGCAUUCACAGGACAUGCAGAGGACUCAUUAUUAUAUGCAGCAUCAUCAGGCAGGACAGCAACGGCUUUCAGUUGAGGACAUGAAGCAGCAGCGCCUGUUUUCUGGUCACGUGUCUCAAUAUUACCAGAUGCAUCCAGCGGGGCAAGAAAUGCAUCAUGGUGUUCAGCAAUCCCAUAAUCCUGACAUGCAACUCCAAGAACCAGUGUAUAACACAGAAUGCAAUUCCAAAGCUGACCUUUAUGCGCAGGAAAAGUCUCACAGUGUGCAGCUUAUUCAGCUGGGUGCCGUGCCUCAGUAUGUGUAUCAGAACGCUCAGCCACUCAGGUAUUCAUAUAAACAGAGCAUGGUGCCACAGCAGCAGCUGCAACAGCAACUCAGUCCACAAAAGCCAUAUAACAAUGACGUUCUACCUUCAGUUCUUAUUGACAGCCCUGUGAGCCUACCAAAUGCUGAUGCUGUAGACAGCUAUAGCCAGGAUAUAGGAGUCAUGACCAGUGCUGACCCUCACCCGCAGGCUUUAGCCCAAGAUACCUCCUACUUGCAUGUCGGUCAAAGAGCUCAUCACUCUCCAAACACAGUGUGGCCACAGCACGUGUCAGAUGGGCACCCUCAGGCCGUCUCUGCAGAUAACAGCAGGUUGUACACAGACCGUCCGGAAUCCAAAAGUCGGCUCACAUGCUCAGUGUGCUUCAAAGAAUUCAAGAGCCUCCCAGCUCUGAACGGCCACUUGAGGUCACAUGGCGGGGUGAGAACAGCCACAACCCUGAAACAGGAGGAAAGUGAGGAGGAAAACCUCACCCCCAUCGUCAUGCCUGUCUCUGUGCCUGUAACGCUUGCGCCACCUGAGCCUAUUGCACAGCUAAACUGCCCAGCAGAUCAGCCGGAUUGCAGCGUGUCCGAUGACGAAAUGCCCAUCUUAACCAGGAUGACUUACUCCCCACCGUCCACUCCAACGACGGUCAGCUCAUGCGCACCUUCUGAAAUGUUCAGAAAACUUCACCGCCCUGGUCCGAAAUUGGGCAAAGCGGCAGAAAGCACCAAACCUCAGCAGGAAAGGAGAAAGUAUCGCCACAGACCUGAACCACUAUUCAUACCUCCCCCUUCCUUCUGUGCAACUUACUCAGGGGCAACAUUGUACCAAAGCCAGCUCCGCUCCCCAUGUUUCAUGGGGGACCCCUUGCUGCUUGGAACUGAGGAGACGCCCACUUACACUCCACCUCCUAUGCUCAGUCCUGUGCGGCAGGGAUCUGGCCUUUUCAGCAGCGUCAUCACAGCUGUUCACAACGCACACCUCCCGCUCACCCCUCUGACACCCACACCAAGGGUGCUGCUUUGUCGACCUAACAGCUUUGAUGGGACCAGUGCUACACCAGGACCUGGAGAACACACUGUUCAUAUUGAACCGAGGAUCAAUAUUGGGCAGAGAUUCCAGGCAGAAAUUCCGGACCUCCAGUAUCGCUCAUUGUCCAAGAAGAAUCUGCACAGAGCAACUUUGGUAUGGAGACCUUGGAAGGACAUGGACAGGAAGGAAUCACAGCAAAAAGUGGAAGUAUUCCUGAGCAUGUCGUGCUCCAGUGUACUGCCAGGAGGAGGAACCAAUCUGGAAUAUGCUUUGCAUUCUCUCUUUGAAGCCAAAGGAGACUUUAUGAGUGCUCUGGAAAUGCUGCUUUUAAAAGACACGCCGAGACUGAGAAGUCACCCACUAGCAAAUUACCACUAUGCAGGAUCAGACUAUUGGAACAACAGUGAGAAAAAAAUGUUUAACAAAGCAUUAAACACAUGCAACAAAGAUUUCUUCCAUGUACAAAAGAUGAUAAAGACAAAGACUGUGUCACAGUGCGUAGAAUAUUAUUAUACUUGGAAAAAAAUACUACACAUGGGCCGCAGACAAAGAACACGGCUGGUUCAACUUCAUGAAGAUGAUACAACUAGUAUUGAUGAUGCAUAUGAGGAGGAGGAUCUGAGGAAAUAUGAGCAGGACUGUGAGCAAGUACAGAAAUCCCUAGACGUCCUGCACCCAUCAGAGAGAGACCAUUGUGUCAGCGCAAACCUUGGACCUCCUGCCGGCUCCUUUGUGUGUGAAAUGGGAAACUGCGGAGCUAUCUUCUGCUCCAAGCAGGCAUUGAAUGGCCAUGCUCGUAUUCAUGGCGGAACAAGUGUCCCAUCCAAGGUUUUUCCAACCACUGGCACAGGUAGACAGAAGUCAGGCUCUCAGAGCGGGUACGGUUCUGUGAAAAGUUCUCCUGCGCACAGUAACACCAGCGGAGAAACGGACGCUGCAUCAAUAUUCCCUUGUAAAGUCUGCGGCAAGGUCUUCUACAAGAUCAAGAGUCGCAAUGCGCACAUGAAGACUCACAGACAGCAGGAAGAACAGCAGAGGCAGAGAUCCCAGAAAGCAGCUGUAGCGGCUGAGAUGGCGGACACUAUUGCAAAGACCAUAGUGAGAACUGCUCUGCCCACUGACGCUGUCACACUGUAUGAUCACUUCAGCCUGAUUACAGCCAUGGAUGAGGAUUUUGACAAUGAUGUGGCCCAGGAUUUAGAAGAUGUUCUGGAGGAGACAGAGGUCAUGCACUCCGAUCUAAUAUUGGAUGAUGAAGACAUCGAUCUGCUGCAGGAUGGGGCCGAUUUGUAGCUUGGUGUCCUUUAUUGGCCACCAAGGCAACUGGAGAAGUCUCUGUUUCCUCUCAUAGAAUCAGAUAUACCAGAGGGAUUAUAUUUAAGGGAAUAUUAUUAUAACUGGCUAAUAGGUGGGUUCCAUAAACAUCAUUUUAGAUGCCCUAUUGCCACUAUCACAAAUGUAUUUACUGGCUAUAAACAGAACUAUGUAGCUUUCUGGUAGAAUGGACCAUUUUUAUUCUUCCUUGCAAAAAUAAAAAUAAAUUUUAUAUUAACGCAGACACACACACACACACACGUGAUAAAUGUGCAGUGUCUUUCAAGCUGUUUACAAUGUAAUUAGAAAGGAAUUGUGUCCAUUAAUACAUAUGUCACCUAUACCUAGUAUUGGCAGCCAUUUUGUAGACCGAACUGGUGACAUUUCUCCUGCAUUAGGUUUUACCUUAUGGACCCACAAGUAAGUGAGUGAUAUUUGGAAUGUAAGUAAAUAGAGGUUAACUGACA